AUGAACUGCUUUGGGGUAACUUCACUGAUUUGUCUUAAUAUUUUUCUGUUCGGUUUAGGAGAGACUGUCAUAAGUAAUGCCAAGCCUUGUUCAUCUAAGGGCACAAGGAAUGUCGGAGCUGUGGAAGAACCACUCAAGGCAGAAGAGAAAAAUAAAUCUACAGAUAUUUCAAAACAAAAAGAACAAUGCCUUGUACCAUGUGAUGUUCAAGCUAAAAUUUUACGAGGGGAAAGACAUUACAUGUGCAGAAAUUUGCAGAAUUCUCUUGUUGAAUAUGCAAGAAGUACAAAAAAACUAGUAAGAAACAUGAUGGAUGAUCAACAGUCUUCUUUGGAUUACCUUUCUAAUCAGGUAAAUGAACUCAUGAACAGAUUACUUCUUUUGAACGCAGAAGUUUUGAGAAAGCAUUUGGAUCCACUUCCUUACAGAGCAGUUCAAUCUCAUGGGUUGGAUUGCACUGAUAUUAAAGAUACUGUUGGUUCAGUUUCAAAAACUCCAACUGGUCUGUACAUUAUCCAUCCAGAAGGAUCAAAUUAUCCUUUUGAGGUUUUGUGUGACAUGGAUUUUCAGGGAGGUGGAUGGACUGUGAUUCAGAAAAGAACUGAUGGAAUCAUUCCAUUUCAGAGAACAUGGUCUGAAUACUUGGAUGGAUUUGGUGACCUUUCUGGGGAAUUUUGGCUUGGACUGAGGAAGAUUUUUCACAUAGUAAAUCAAAAAGCCACUGGUUUCAGUCUUUAUGUGGAUUUGGAAUCAGAAAAUGACAAGCAUGCCUAUGCAGCAUAUAAUGGAUUUUGGAUAGAGGAUGAAGCAUGUUCUUUUAAGAUACAUUUGGGGCGUUAUUCAGGAAAUGCUGGUGAUGCAUUCAGAGGAUAUAGAAAAGAAGAUAACCAGAAUUCAAUGCCUUUCAGUACAUUUGAUGUUGAUAAUGACGGAUGCAAGCCAACAUGCACUAUUAAAGAACAGCUUGUAAAGAGCUGCAGUAACUUCAGUGACAGCACUGGAUGGUGGUUCAACCAGUGUGGUCUUGCAAAUCUUAAUGGUAUUCAUCGCUACACAGGUAGAUUUCUUGCAACUGGGAUUCACUGGGAUACUUGGACAAUGAACAAUAAACCAGUCAAAAUUAAAUCAGUUUCAAUGAGAAUUCGGAGAACCUAUGAUCCAUAUUUCCAUUAA